CUAAAUCAGGCAAUCAAAGCUAGCGGGUUGGUCAACUUACGGUGUCGUGUGUUCCUUGAAUAUCCGUCGAGUCCUAUCUAUCACAGCAAGUCCAAGAUAAAUACCUUAUCCACAGCCCCAUCAGUGAGAAAGCAGAGAGGGCAACCAAAUUCCAACAUGAACUCUGAAAUCGAAGCGACCACGAAACUCUAUGAGGCCAUUUUAAGCAUACACAACGAAACUGUUCCCAACCACGUCUUGCCGGCUGAUGAAGCGUUGACUCAUGCGCGAGAGUCUCUCCAACAGAGUCUUAGCGCCCAUGGCAUCGGCAUAGAAGGAGCAAUUCGGCAUAUACUGAAAGAUUUAGCACCCGGCUUCAAUGCUGCAUCCCGGUCACCGAACUACUAUGGCUUCGUAAUUGGGGGUGUUACACCAGCAGCAGCUCUUGCAGAUAAUCUAGUGACCGCCUACGACCAGAAUGUCCAUGUACAUCUGCCCAAGGAAACAGUUGCCACCAACGUCGAAGAUGCUGCGUUAUCGAUGCUCUGCGAACUUCUGAAAUUGGACCCUACGCAAUGGUCUCAUCGAAUCUUCACUACCGGUGCUACGUCUAGCAAUAUUGUCGGUCUCGCGUGUGGUCGGGAGUAUAUCAUUGCCGAAGCCUCAGCACAUAGAAGCGACAAGACGAACAGUAUUGGCGAGCUGGGUAUCAUGAAAGCUAUGCGCAAUGCAGGAAUCGAUGAGAUUCAAAUCUUGACCACGGUACCUCACUCAUCCCUUACAAAAGCGGCGGGUAUCUUGGGGCUGGGACGUGCUUCGGUCAAAGACGUAGGCCUCAAGGAUAAGCCCCAUAAGUUUGACAUCCCGCAGCUGAAAAAACUGCUGGAGCAGCCUGGUGCAGCAUCUAUCAUCGCCAUCUCAGCAUCUGAAGUUAACACUGGGUUGUACGCGACUUCUGGACUAGAGGAAAUGCAGCAAAUUCGGGAACUGGCCGACAUGUAUGGUGCAUGGAUCCACGUCGAUGGUGCUUUUGGAAUCUUUGGACGAAUCCUCACUUCACCAAAUCAUCAGACUAUCAUAGAUGCGAGCGCGGGCCUUGAGCUUGCUGACUCCAUCACUGGCGAUGGUCACAAGUUGCUCAAUGUACCAUACGACUGUGGUUUCUUCUUCUCGAAGCAUCGCUCAAUUGCUCCUCGGGUCUUUCAAAAUCCAAACGCCGCCUACCUUAGUACUGGUCCUGCUGCGGAUACAAUUGCAACUCCCCUGAACAUUGGCCUAGAAAAUUCAAGGCGCUUUCGCGCACUGCCGGUGUAUGCAACUCUCACUGCAUAUGGAAGCGAUGGAUACCGUGAUAUGCUAUCCAGGCAGAUCGAGCUGUCUCGAGCGGUUGCAGAAUUCCUUGAUGAUAGCGAACAUUACGAGCUGCUGGCGAAAAAUGGUUUGUCGAAGGAGGCCGCCAUUGACCAAAUCUACAUCAUCGUGUUAUUCCGGGCUAAAGAUGAGGACCUCAACAAAGAGUUGGUCAACAGGAUUAAAGCUUCCAAGAAAAUAUAUCUCUCAGGCACAGCUUGGGAAGAAAAGCCAGCAUGCAGGUUUGCCGUUUCAAAUUGGCAAGCAGAAGUGAAGAGGGACUUUCCCAUAAUCAAGAGGGUGUUGAUGGAUGUGGUUAGUGACUGGCAAAAGAAAUAG